UCCAAUAAUAACAAAAAUUGCCUUUGCAACACUGAACACAAAUGAAAUUAUGCUAUUAAAGUCAAUUAGUCAAAUCAUAUUAUGUCAUGUCAAAUAUCUUGCUCUAUGAAUGUCAUAGUGAGGUUAUAAAUUUUCUCAAAUAUAAUUAUUAAUUUCAUUAUCUGAAUAAAACCUUACGUAAGAUUUGAAUUUCGUCUAAAAACAUCAAGUUGAAAUUAUAAUGGAAUUAUUGGAUGCAAUUUUAUUCAAAUCAAAUUUAAAAACAGCAGAUAUAAGAUCAGAGAAUAUUCAGGAAGUGCUUCUGGCUGUAAAAAAACACAGUGGUAAUAAUGAACAUUCCUCUGAAUACUAUGAUAACAUUUUAGAAAAAAUAUGGCUACAUGUAAUAACAGAACUCCAAGAAUUUGAAGAUCAAUUACUUUGUUCAACUUGUUUCUAUACUGUACUGUGCAAAACAAAAAGACAAGAAUUUCACCUAAACAACGUAUUAGAGAUUAUUAAUCAUGAACUGAAUUUAGAAGAAAAUGAUUUGAAUGGAUCUAAGACUUCUUUGGCAGUAUCUCUGUGUUAUGGGGUUUUCCAGUCUUCAUAUCUCCUUCAACAAUCAAUAAACUUUAAUGCAACAAUGAAUAGUACAUUAGAAGCAAUAUUUAAAUUUUUAACCCUCAAAGCAUAUGAGUACACUCAAUAUACAUUUAUUGUUUUCAAAAUUAUGACCUCUUUCAAGAAAGUUGUUGGAACAGAACUACAAAAUAUUUUGUUUAACACAAAUAACCAAAUAAAACUGCUAAACUUGAUUAAUCAUAAUUGGGAAAAUCCCAUUACUGGCAUAAGGAAUCUAAAUCGAAUUGUGUUUCAAACAUUGUUAUUGGUAUUAAAUCAUGACAUUUAUGAAACAGUUUUAAAUGAGAUAAAUAGUUUUUAUUGGAACAAAGCAAAAUAUUUAAUGCUAGCUGAAAUUAUUGAACAAUACAAGGGUAAAAUUGAAUGCUUGGUUUCUGAAAAUCAAUGGAUUGAUGGCCUUGUAUACAGUUUGGCCAAACCAGGAUUAGUGUCAGCAGGAGCUGAUAUGUAUAGUGCUGUGUUAAAAAAAACAAACUCAGGUGAAACUUGGAUUGCACUAUUUCUUGAUCGAGUUCUGGAUGUACUAACUGGAAUAAAUUUUAAGUCAAUUGAAAAUUUCAGUAACUAUUGGUGUCUAAAUACCCUUAAAAAAUUUCCUACCCUAAUGCCGUUACUUGUUGAUGAAUUGAAUAAUAAUAAUAACUCAGAUUACACAUUAUACAGCACUAUGUGCAUAAUUAAACAGGGAACUAAACUUGGAAUAUCUGGGAAAAAGAUAUCAAACUGUAAAUAUGAAUUAAAAAAAGAAGAAAAACUUGUUACAUUUGGCUUAGAACAUUGUAAUACAUCAGUCAGAAUAGUGGCAUUUGAAAUAAUAAGUAUUUCACAAAGGAAUUGUUUACCAUCAAAUAUUGAAUAUACACAGAUUCUUAAAUAUUUGUCUGAUAAUGUUAACUCGGAUUGUACAGUAUUGAGAAUAAGUAUGAUUAAUAAUUUAAGUAUAUUUUUAAACAAAUUACACACUUUAUAUUUAAACACUACUAUAACAAAUCAUAAUGAAGAUAUGCAAAAUUUAAUUACAUUUUGUGUAAAUUUACAAAACUUUGUAAAGGAAUCCAUAAGCAGUAAUGGUAAUUAUCAAAGAAAAUUAACAUCUGUUAAAAUAGCCCAGAUUGUUUUAAAAAAUUUUAACCAUUUGAAACCCAAGAAAAGGAGUAAAGAGACUAGGGAUACUAAUAAGUCUCUAGUUGGAUUUCUAAAAGACAGUGGACAUUGGAAAUUAAAUGCACAUGAAUUUAUAAUGAAACUUCUAGAUUUAUUGAAAGAUCCAGCUAACGAUGUACAUGAAGGUGUUCUUCAAUUAUUGUCAGAAUUUUACAUAGCAGAACUGAGUGAUACAUUCAUAAUGAACUUCUUGAUAGAAGAGGGCUUAAAAUGUAUUGGAAGUAAAUUUUUUUAUGAGAUAAGUUGUGGGCAAAUUAUGUUUAAGCUUGUUAUUAACAUUUUACUGAAAAACAAUAGUAUUGAGAGCAGGUUUAAUACCCUAGAAGAUAUUUUUAAUUUCGCAUUUAAUGAAAUCUCUUUAGAAUAUUCCUCUAAAAGAGAUAUAGUAAAAUCAAUAGAGGAUGGGAAACAACUGCACUCAUUUUUGAACAUUUUGUGUAUAAUUUUCGAAGAAUCGAUCAGAAACCAUUUUGAAUUAACCAUACCUAAGGAUGCCAUAUUCUCAUUGCUCAAUAUAAUAGAUUAUAUUUCCAAUCAAUUUGUAUGGGAGGAGGAUUUAUCAACCUGUUCAGACUUUUCAAAGAUGAGUGAUAUGGUGCAGACUCUAAUAAAUACAUCCGGUCUGGAAACUGAUGAUAAUAAUGACAAUACAAGAAUAUCAGACUUACAUCAAAUUGUCCUGAAUUGUUUAUGGUUAAAUGUUAAGGCAUCUUGUGAGUUAGCUUCCCUCCUAAUUCAGUAUUAUAAACACGAUCAGAGUGUUUGUGAGAAAUGUUUGCACAUAAUUACUCAUGCUCUUGAAACAUCACGACACAAAGGUGCAAUUGAAGCAGCAGGAACAGCACUUGGAUGUGGAAUUCAGUGUUUAUCUUCUUUAGCAGAUGAGGAAGUAGUUUCAAAGUUGCCUUUUUGUUUACUAAAAAACAAAUUAAAGGAACUCUUAUUUGAAACAACUAAAAUGUCCUCUGUUACAAGACGAGGCGCCGGUUUGUCUAUUAUGGUUCAUCGAAUAGUUAGUAAUGAUCUUAAGAAAGGCAAGCCACUAUUUCAUUAUUUUAUGAGAACACUCUUGGACAUGUGCAUGAGUAUAGACAAUGCAUCUUACAGUGCUGAUAAAUUUGAAAUUGAUAAUGAAAGAGAUUUACCGAAAGCUAUUUAUAUACAUUUUCUGACAAGGAUUGUAACAGACAGCAGUUUGGCUUCUGAUACAAUGUAUUAUACUGCAGAAUUAGCAGCUUUGGCAUUUAAUAAUCUUAUAAAUAAUCUUUGGCAAAUAAGGAAUGCGGCACUUCAACUGUAUGGAGCUUUAAUUCCGAAACUUAUUGGCCAGAAAAAGGCAUCUGGAAGUGAUGAAAAAACUAUUGCCACUGUAGCAUGUGACGAGUUUAGAAGUCAUUCUCCUAAAUUAUGGGGGUAUAUCAUCAAGCAAAUUAAACAAAAUGAUUACAAAGAUAUAAUUCAAGCACAUUCCAAUUUAGUACCAAUACUUAAUGUCUUAGCAAGUUUGGCCAAAAGAUAUAAUUUCUCUUUUGACUUGAUAGAACAAGAAAAUUCUGAUCUAAGUCUUUUAUCAAAUCUCUUGUCGUUGCUCGGCAGUCCAAUCUACACUGUAAGAAGAUUGACCUCACAAUGUAUAACAAAUAUAUAUUCAUUUGAUAAAUUAUUUAAUGUUCUUGAAAAUAUCGAAAUUUUAACAGAAAAUUAUUUGCAUGGAAUUCUCAUGUUAAUUUCAAAUUGUUAUAAAUAUUUUUCUCAUACGGAGUUAAUAAAAUUAGACAAAUUAAGUAGAAAGUAUCAUGACGUAUUAAAGCAAAAUUCUCAAUCAUAUAUGUGUAGAUGGACUCAGGAUAAGUUCUGUAAUGAAUGUGAAAAUAUUACAAUUGAAUUGAUUAAAAAUAUACUUUGUGAAGAAAAUAGUAAGAGAUAUGAGCCAGGAGUGUCCCUCUGGGCAAAUUCUAAGAUUCAGAAAUAUAUAAAAAAUAUGCCAUGGAGUGUGGUUCCUGAUACACUGAGUUUACUUUUAAAGACUCACGAGUUUGUGUUAUACUGUGAUACAUUUAUUGAAAGAAUAGAAAGUGAUACAAAGCCAUUUGAAGAUUUCUUAUUAGAAUCUGCAAAAAUACUCUUGUCAUCUGAAAUUAUAUUUGAGAGUUCAUCGUUAUGGAAAUUACUUUAUAAUAUUUCUCUUAAAAUAGACAUCAAUGUGGAAAUAUGUAACAUUCAAGGAAUACAUAAACAUAUAAAAGAUACUUCAUACAAACUAAGAUAUCUGAUUCCAUUCUCUACUAGACUCCUGGUAAAACAAAGAAAAAAUGAAGAUUUAUUAUUAUUGUCAAAAAGCAUUUAUGAAUUAUGUAAUCCUGAAAAUAAUGAUGUAGACAUGAGAUAUAUAGCAACAUUAGCCAAUAAUGAAUUUGGAAAUGAGUUAAGCAGUUAUUCUGAUGAUGUAAAAAUUAAUGCUAUUAAAUCAGCAAUCAUUCUCUUGCAAGAUGAAGAUGAGGAUGUCAGAAGUUUGUGUGUACAUUUUUACAUGAAUUUUAAAAAGAUAUUUAAGCAUCCCUACAUUUGCUUAAAUGACAUUUUAAAAAAAGAAUUUUUGAAUGAAGUUCUAAAUGAACCAAAAAGUAUUCAAGUAAUUUGCAAUGAUUUGUUAAGUUUUGUUGACUCAAUAGGUGCAAGUAAACAUAAUGAAUAUAAUCCAUUUUCUAAUGAUUCCAAAAAUAUUUAUCUUGAAAAAGAUUUAUUAAAACUAACAUUGCAGAAGUUAACUAAAAUGCAAUCUUAAAUUAAACAAAAAUAUUUAAUUAUUCUUUUUUGUUAUUAUUUAUAUUAUCUAAAUAUUACAGUAUUUUUUUGUCAUUCAUCAAAGAAAUAUUUUUGAGAUGGUGUUGUGUCAUCAAUCUGUAUAGAUACAAUGUGACGCCCUGGUACCAUGACUAGACCCAACACCCGUGGCUCCUCAGUUUCACCAUCCACACCUUUGAGAUAUUCUGAACAAGCUCCUA